GCCAUCUGAAAAGGCUUCAAGGCGACCACGACCAGGACACCCGACUGGCGUGAACUCUCCGCGAUAUGACUCGUCCACGAUCGGCUGGCGACCUAUAGAAUGACUCUACUCAGACAUUCGGUAGAGCAUAGAUUCCGGAUAUGAGCGAACCAAAUCAGGAUCUGCAUUCAAUCGACGGCGGAUCAAUUGAAGAAGAUGAACCCAUCCUGAAAUACUCGCGCUUCCUUGAUGGUAGUUUGGCCACCGUGACAGGGCGCGACACAGUCAGUGCCCUUGCUAUCUGCAAAACGCUUUUCGUCAUCGGUUCGCACAACGGUAUUGUGUACAUCUUCGACAUACGCGGCACGCUCGUCAAGCAAUAUCGCGCCCACUCGGCCGCGAUCGCAUCAGUGUCCAUCGACCGCGAAGGAACGACAGUGGCGAGUGGCGGCAUCGAUGGGCGUGUUGUUGUCUACAGCUUGGUGAAGAAAGAAAGCAUACUGUAUGACUUCAAGAGACCUGUACAGACAGUGGCGGUGGACCCAGAAUACAAUCAGAAUGCGAAGGGUCGCAUCUUGUCUGGCGGUCUUGCUGGAAAGCCGACACUCAGUGAACGUGGUUGGCUAGGCAACAAGGAGACUGUGCUGGAAGGGAAUGAAGGGCCCAUACUGGAGUCUGCAUGGCACGGUCGUCUGGCUGCUUGGGCUAAUGAUGCUGGCGUGCGCGUCUACGAUACGCUCAACAUGCGCAUGGUAGGUCUCGUUCGUCGCCGUCCGGAUAGUCCGCGAGCGGAUCUCUUCCGAUGUCGUCUGCUUUGGCAAGACUCGGAAACGCUGAUCAUCGGCUGGUACACCCACAUCACCAAAGUUGUGAUUCAUGAGGGUGUCAACAAGGUCCUGAGCCUUGAGACUACUGUCAAUAUGAAGUUGGACUGUAUCGUCUCUGGCCUUGCCAUGAUGCAAAACAAUCUGCUAGUUUUGGCAUACCUUGCAGAUCUGGGAGAGGCUGAAGAUAUGCGCCGUGGCAAUGCUCAACGGCCGGAACUCCGCAUCAUCAACGAUUCGUUUGAGGAAGUAUCAGAUGAUGCAUUGGGGUUGAAGGGCUAUGAGAAGCUCCUACCGAAUGAUUACGCUUUGGUGGCACACCCAACUGAGAAGUCAUUCAUUGUCUCCAGCCCUGAAGAUAUCAUCACAGCGAGGGAGCGAGACGCGGAAGAUCACGUUCGCUGGCUAGUCGAGAACAGCAAGUUUGAAGAUGCUCUCGCAGCGUGUGCGGGACUGCCGAGUCCGCCAACGGAGCUCUCCUUUGCCAUGAUUGGAUCACAGUACAUGGACCACUUGCUGCAAGACAAGAACUUUGAGCGUGCGGCUAGUUUGGCGCCUCGUGUUCUCCUCGAAGAUGCUGACGCAUGGGAGAAGCAGGUAUUCCUCUUUGCUGAGCAUGACCAGCUCGAGACUCUGACGCCCUUCAUUCCAGUGGCAAACCCCAUACUCAGCUCUACAGUGUACGAAAUGGCUCUCGGGCAUUACGUGAAGUCCAAUCCGGAAAUGCUGCUUGACACCAUCAAGCGCUGGCCUCCGGAGAUCUACAAUACCGAGGACAUACUCAGCACAAUUGUUUACGCCUUGUCGGAGAGAGGUAAUACUAUCUUGACCGAAUGUAUGGCAGAAUUGUAUCUCAAGACCGACAGACCAAGGGAAGCGUUGCCAUACUUUCUUGCUCUUGGUAAGUCUGAGAGCUUUGACAUUAUCCGUCAAUAUCACUUAUUCGACGCAAUUCAAGAAGACGUACUGCAACUUGUUACGAUUGAUGCUCCCGCCGCCGAUUCUGAUGUCAAGGCAGGAAAGCUUGCCAACAGUCAAGCCAUCGAUAUGCUUGUUCAGCAUACACACUCCAUUCCGAUGCACAAGGUUGUGGCGCAAUUGCAGACGAGGCCUGCUCUGCUGUAUUGCUAUUUUCGCGCCGUGCUGGCUUACGACGCCAGUCUUGCGAGCGACUUUACCGAUUUACAAGUCAAGCUGUAUGCUGAAUACGAUCGCGAACGAUUGAUGGAAUUGCUUAAGAACACAACGGGCUACUCCCUCGAACGAGCCAUCGAAGAAUGUGAACGACGCGAGUAUAUCCCAGAAUUGGUCUUUAUUCUUGGCAAGACUGGCAAUAGCAAACGUGCCUUGCAGCUGAUUAUUGAAAAGCUCGAGGAUGUGAGUCAGGCCAUUGCAUUUGCCACGCAGCAGUCGGAUCCCGAUCUAUGGGAGGACCUGGUGGCUUAUUCGCUCGACAAGCCUCCGUUCAUUCGCGGCCUGCUAGAGGCUCCGGGCAUCGCUGUUGAUGCGGUCAGUCUAUUGAGGCGGGUGCCAAAAGGGCUCCGCAUCGAAGGUCUCAAGGAGACACUGGAAAAGGUCUUUUCUGAUGCGGACUUGCAGCUGUCCUUGUCGACAGGGGGUGGCAAUAUCCACGCAGCGCAUGCAGCCGCCUUGUCACGAAAGCUUCAACAACAGCAACGACGCGGAACACGCAUGGAGCCUGCAGACGUGCUGACGGCACUUGGUUUCAAUAGCCUCACUGAAGCUCGCCCAAGAUCACGGCGCGGGCAAGAAGACAUGUUUAGUCUCGCGAGAGAGGAACUUUUCGUCUUUCUUGACGGCGUUCGGAGGGUUCCGCGAUUACAGCUUGAGGAGAAGAGAGGAGAGGCGGGUGCAAUUGGGCGUGCAUCUGCGGCGCUACCUGCGUCCGGUAUCCGUCCAGCGCGUUCGCGCCACAAGAAGCAACAUCAAACCAUGUCUGCAAAGAUGACACUGUGUGCAGUCAAUCGAAAUCGUUUGCUAGAGGCAGUAGAGCAGGGAUGAUAAGUUAGUAUGGACGAUACUAGAAAACAAAACAGCGCACUCGCACAUAGAUAUAAAAAUGAACC